CAACAGUAAAUUAGGAAGAAUACCCUCCUCUCUCCUCUUCUCCCAAACCACAAAAUCACAAUAUCUUCUUUCUCUCACUCCUCGACUGUGUCACUGCUUCCACCUGGUUUGCUACAUUGGAAUCACACCUUACAUUACAGUGGAGAACCAUUUAGAGAGGAUUGAUUGAAGCAUCGAUGUUGACUCUACAGCGGUUUCACCCCCGAUUCAUUAAAGUCUCUACCUAGCAGCAGAUGCUGCAGAACCACUGUUUUCAGCCAUUAAUUGGACAACUGGUUGAGUAGCUCCCAGAGCCAAGCCAAGCAUGCUGCACGCGUUUCUUGGCCACCCUCCCUUCGACUCCGCCUCCUCCUCCUCCUCUCCUCUUUCUCACCUCCGCAAAUCCCCUACUCCCAUCAAAACCACAUGUUUCCUUUCUCCAUCCAAAACUCCUCUUUCUCUCUCCUCUCCCAAGCCCCAGCUCUUCUCAGCCCCACCAUUUUUACUCUCCAAAACUCCACCUUUCGAACACAUACUCACUCCAAACCACUCUGAUAACAUUCAACCUUUGUCCAACGAUGAGAUUUCUCGGUUGCUCAAACUUUCCCGCGAGUACGCCGAUAUUCAGCUAGGCAAAGCAGUUCACGCUUCAAUUAUCAAGAGUCGGCAAGACAUACGCCUCUGUAAUUUUCUUAUUACAUCUUAUCUUGAAUUGGGUCACUUGAACUACGCGGAGAGGGUUUUCCAUUUAAUUGCGAAACCGGAUGUUGUGUCCUAUACUGCUCUGAUUUCGGGCUUAGCGAAAUCGGGCCGCGGGGAAGAAGCUGUCGCGCUGUUCAUUGACAUGAGAAUGUCUGGAAUUGAACCCAACGCGUAUGCUUUUGUUUCAAUUUUGACUGCUUGUAUGUGUUUGGUGGAUUUAGGUCUGGGUUCCCAAAUUCAUGCCUUGUCGAUCAAAACCGGUCAUGUUAAUUGCAGUUUCGUUGCCAAUGCUGCAAUGGGGUUGUAUGGGAAAAGUGGUUGUUUCAAUUUUGUGGUCAAACUGUUCAAUGAAAUGUGUGAGAGAGACAUUGCUUCUUGGAAUACUGUGAUUUCGUGUGUUGUUAAGGAGGGUUUGUAUGGUGAAGCAUUUGAACUGUUUUAUGAUAUGUUGGUAGGGAUGAAAGAGGGCUGUAGAGCAGAUUAUUUCACCCUUUCUAGUAUAUUAACCGCUUGUGCAAGAUGUUCAUCAUCAUCGACUAUGUAUGGGAAGGGAGUUCAUGCAUAUGCACUUAAAAUAGGCUAUGGCAGCAAUUUGAGUGUGAGAAAUGCAUUAAUACAGUUUUAUGCUAAGCGUGGAUGUGUGGAAGAUGUUGAAAAUCUGUUUAGCAGUAUGUCUAUGCGAGAUGGCUUUACAUGGACUGCAAUGGUUUGUGCAUAUAUGGGAUUUGGGCGUGUUGGUUCGGCUUUAGAUGUCUUCUGUAGGAUGCCUGAGAAGAACCCCAUUGCUUACAACGCCCUCUUAGCUGGAUUUUGCCAAAAUGAUGAUAGCUCAAGGGCGUUGAGGCUCUUUUGCAGAAUGGUGGAGGAAGGAGUCGAGUUAACUGACUUCACAUUGUCCAGUGUUUUACAUGCUUGUGGUUUGAGCAAGCAUUCGAGGUUCAGCAAACAGAUUCAGGCCUUUGUUGUCAAGAUUGGUUUUGGAAAUGAUGAUUUUAUCCAAGCUGCACUGCUUGAUAUGUGCACUAGGUGUGCUAGAAUGGAUGACGCUGAGAAGAUAUUCUAUCAACUACCACUGUCAGAGAGAAGCUCAAUCAUGCUGACAACGAUGGUGUGUGGAUAUGCCCGACACUCAGAGUUAGAGAAAGCAAUCUCUUUGAUCAAUGAAGAAGAGCAACACAUUUCCAUUGAUGAGGUUGCAUUAGCUUCAUUACUUGGAGUGUGUGGGGAUUUAGGUUUCCAAACUCUUGGCGAACAAUUUCACUGCCGUGCUAUAAAACAUGGUUCUUUAUCUGAUAUAGGAGUUGGAAACGCCAUAGUGAGCAUGUACUCCAAGUGUGGGGAUAUGGAACGAGCCAUUGGGGUGUUUGACAGCAUGUCUGAACACGACAUAGUCUCAUGGAACUGCCUGUUAUCCGGCCAUAUCCUUAACAGGCAGGGGGAGAAGGCCUUGGAUGCAUGGAAGAAGAUGGUGAAAGGAGGUAUACAGCCUGACCCAGUCACAUGUGUAUUAAUCAUCUCAGCUUAUCGCCACACUAAGUCGAAUCUCGUUGAACAGUGCCUUGAGUUCUUCCUCUCCAUGAAGCAUAACUAUAAUGUAGAACCCAACUCGGAGCACUAUGCUAGCUUGGUUGGUGUGUAUGGAUUUUGGGGGCUUCUAGAAGCAGCAGAGAAGAUAAUCAAGAAUAUGCCAUUUGAGCCAAAGACUUGUGUUUGGAAAGCCUUGCUUGACAGUUGCAGACUGCACAAAAAAGCAACAAUUGGGAGAAGGGCUGCACAGGAAAUACUGAGGCUCAAGCCACAAGAUCCGUCCACGUACAUACUACAAUCAAAUCUUUACUCCGUGUCUGGGAGGUGGCACUGCUCUGAUCUUGUUCGAGAAGAGAUGAAAUCAAAAGGGAUACAGAAAUUCCCUGGGCGGAGCUGGAUCAUUCAUGAGAACAAGGUGCAUUCCUUCUUUGGGAGGGAUAAAUCGCAUCCAGAGGCGAAGGACAUUUACAGUGCGCUGGAGAUACUGUUUUUGGAAUGCUCGAGAGCUGGCUACACGCCUGACACAAGGUUCGUUCUUCAUGAGGUGGAGGAGCAUCAGAAGACCAAUUUCUUGUUAUACCAUAGUGGGAAACUGGCAGUUGCCUACGGACUGCUGGUGACGGGUCGAGGGAAGCCUGUGAGGGUGAGGAAGAAUAUACAUGUUUGUGGGGACUGCCAUACAUUUUUCAAGUAUGUUUCGGUUGUUACGAAGAGGGAGAUACAUGUGAGAGAUGCUUCGGGUUUUCACUGUUUUGUAAAUGGUGAAUGCUCCUGCUGCGAUCAUUGGUAACAGGCUGAAUUUUGGUUGGUAUCUGUUUUUAGAGUUUUGAAUAUUAAUGUGGCAUGCAUGUAUAUACAUAGAUACUGUUCUUUUUUCAGUUUUGGGCGAAUGCUUGGCUGAAUGUGUUGUAAUGUAAAAUGUAAGUAAAAUAUGCAGUCUAAUGAAACAAGCUACUCAAUGACUAA